GCUCAGCCGCUAGUGACAGUAAAUAACGGUCAUCCGUCAAUUUCCUCAGACACGGCCUUGAGUUUUCGCUUUUGUUUGGUCGAAAAGGGUGGUUCCUCCCGCUCCAGGACAAAGGUCAAGUGUUUGAUCCCACGUGAGGGUGACCUUUGACCUGGUUUUCUUUCUCCUGGAGCGUGAAGUGAGACUCCAUCAAUCGAGACGUCACAGAUUGAGUUUCAGAGAGAAGAUGAAACACCCCCACGAAAGACUUCCAGCCCUUCUGUCACUCAGCACAAUGACAUCUGGAAUUCAGCAGCACGAGAGAGAGACUCACGAGACGAGAGGACAGCACAGGAACAAAGAGGACUGCUUUAAAACAUGAAACAUUCGGCGUGGAUCAGCGCUCUGUCAUUCCUGCUUUAUUUCUCCUCAGGAUCUGCAGAUUACAGGGAAAAGCGUCAGAGUUUGGCGGGCGUUUGUCGAUACGGCAGCAGACUGGAGUGCUGUUAUGGAUGGAAAACAAACAGCAAAGGACACUGUGAAGCUCAGUGUGACCUGGGCUGCAAACACGGAGAGUGUGUCGGACCCAACAAAUGCAAGUGCUUCCCUGGAUACACCGGAAAGACAUGUAGUCAAGAUCUGAAUGAGUGCGGUCUAAAACCUCGGCCCUGUGAACAUCGCUGUAUGAACACGUUUGGUAGCUAUAUGUGCUACUGCUUAAACGGAUACAUGCUGAUGUCUGAUGGCUCCUGUGCAAACUCGAGGACCUGUUCUCUGGCUCACUGUCAGUACGGCUGUGAGGAGGUGCAGGGUGAGGUCCGCUGUCUCUGUCCGUCUCCUGGCCUGCAGCUGGGAUCUGAUGGGAAGACCUGUGAGGACAUUGAUGAAUGUGCAAGCGGGAAAAACCAGUGUCCGUUCAAUCGUCAGUGCACCAACACAUUUGGAAGCUACUACUGCAAGUGUCAGACGGGUUAUGAUCUCAAAUACCUCAAUGGGAAAUACGACUGCAUUGAUAUAAAUGAAUGCGUGUCCAACACACAUAAGUGCAGUCAUCAUGCGGAGUGCAUCAACACUCAUGGAUCCUACAAGUGUAAAUGCAAGCAGGGUUUCCGUGGCACUGGAUUUGAUUGUUCAGCUACUCCUGAUUUCCCCUCGAAAACCCGUAUUUUGGGAGGAAAGUUUGACAACACCCUCCCCGAGCCUCCACUCCGCCUGCAACCCUUCGACUACGAAGGCGAGGUCUACAUCGGUCCUCCGGAGCAGAAACCUGUGUUUCCAGAGGAGGAGAAGUUUACUGAUGAGGAAGAGGAGGAAGAGGAAGACGACACUGGAAACCAGCUGGAGAACGAGGAGCUGAAGCCCAGAGGAGACGCUUUCUUUCCAGAUGAUCUUGUGCCUGUUUACGGUCCAGAGUCAGAGCCGAAGGAGAUCCAGGCAGCGCCGCUGAAGGAAACAGGAUUCCUGACGGACUGUGACUUUGAUCGCGGUGCGUGUGAAUGGACGCAGGAUGAUCAAGAUGACCUGGACUGGACCAUCAGAUAUCACGAAAACGGAAGGGAGUAUUUCUUGGCUCUGGAGGCUCCUGUGGGGAACAGGAAGGAGCAGGCGAGGAUGAAGCUGCUGCUGGAUGAUUACAUGCGUCAGGGCAGCUUCUGUCUGAAAUUUGAUUAUCGCAUUCAGGGUCCGAACAUGGGCGUCUUACGAGUGAUGCUGGACACCAGCGCUGUGGCCGUGUGGGAGAGAAGAAACCCUGUGAACCGCAGCUGGCAGACGGAGCAGAUCACCAUCAGCUGGACCGAAGACACGCCGCACGCCAUCAUCUUUGAGGCCGAGCGUGGGAGGUCAGCAAGCGGAGAGAUCGGUCUGGAUCACGUGCUUCUGAUCUCUGGAUCCUGUUCUGAUGAUAAAUCUGACAUCUUUUAGCGGCGACACAAAGGACAUCGUUUAGAUUGUGACUUUAUUAACCAUCUCAACAACAACAAAAGACUUCGCUGAUUCAGCUGUUGCUCAGCUUUCAUAAUGCAUGAAAAUGAGGAGAAUUACAUUCAUGUCAGUGUUAGUGAUAUUCUGUUUUCUGAUUGUAGGUGGAUAGCAGUCAAUGUAUGAUUUUGUUAUACGAUUUUGUACGAUUAUGCUUUACAUUUAACUAUUUUAAUAGAUGCAUUAAUUUUACACUUCUAUUCAUAGAACUCUUUAUUAAUAAUUUCAAAUCAAUAACUCUGCCAAGACUCAUUGUCAAGAUGACAGCAUCUCGUUAAUUUUCUCUAUAAUGAAAUCGAUAUUUGGCAAUGAAGCAGGCUAAAACCUUUUUGCACCAUCAGCUCUGAGCUUGUUCAGUGGUGAUAUUUGACUUUUUUAAUAAAACAAAAUGAAUCAUUUUAAAAUAAUAAAUAAAUGUUGACCCAUAAUAUUGGUUAGACGCUGUGCUGAAUUUAACAAAGCUGUGAGGAAUCCCUUACCAAAAAGUAGUAUACUUCAAGUUUAUUUUACUAAGUAUACUUAAGUAAAUCAAGUAUAUUUUAAGUAUACUUUAUGUAGCAAGUAUACAAAUAUGAGUGUUCUAGUAGUAUACUUGUAAGUGUACUGUUUCAAUACUCCUUGGGACUAAAUAGGCCAAAUUUCUAGUAUAUAUAAGUAUACUUUUAAGUACAACAGUAGCAAACUUUGAGUACAAAACUAGUUCACCUCUAUGUUUGUAGUUUGUACUGCAAUUAUACUAAAAGUGAACUUAUAGGUUUACUGAUAGUUUACUAAUUAAAUACUUUGUACACUUUGAAGUAUAGUCUCAGUAAACUACAAGUUUAGUAGUUUUAUACUGGAAGCAUACUCGUAAGUGUUUUUUAAGUGAACUUUACAUCAUUCUUUAUGUAUACUAGUAUGUCCCUAUUUAGGUUUAAAUUUGUAUAUAUGUUGUUAUAUGAAUAUCUGAACAUACAAAACAUC